GCAAUGGCCCCGUCUUCAGCAGCAACUGCUGCUUACGAGCUUCCUUGGGUAGAGAAAUAUCGGCCAACUCUGCUAGACGAUGUGGUCGGGAAUGUCGAGACCAUCGAGCGCCUCAAAGUCAUUGCAAAGGACGGUAAUUGUCCACAUAUCAUCAUUUCGGGGUUGCCUGGUAUCGGAAAGACCACAAGCAUACACUGUCUUGCCCACCAGCUGCUUGGGGAUGCCUACAAGGAAGGAGUGCUAGAGCUGAAUGCUUCGGACGAGAGAGGCAUAGACGUGGUUCGGAACAAAAUCAAGAGCUUCGCUCAGAAGAAAGUCACCCUUCCCCCGGGACGUCAUAAGAUCGUUAUACUCGAUGAAGCAGACUCCAUGACAGGAGGCGCUCAGCAAGCUCUCAGGCGAACCAUGGAGAUAUAUUCGAAUACUACGCGGUUUUGCCUUGCAUGCAACAUGUCGAACAAAAUCAUUGAGCCUAUCCAGAGUCGGUGUGCUAUCCUGCGCUAUGCCAAGCUCAGAGAUACAGAAGUUCUCGCCCGUCUUCUCGAGAUAUGUAAGGAAGAAAACGUGCAAUACAACGAUGAUGGUCUAACAGCGCUCAUAUUCACAUGCGAAGGAGACAUGCGGCAAGCUAUCAACAACCUGCAGUCCACGCAUUCCGGCUUUGGCUUCGUAUCUGGCGAAAACGUGUUCAAAGUUUGCGAUCAGCCACACCCUGUGAUCGUGCAGGCCAUCAUCCGUGCAUGUCAUAAGUGCGAGGUUGAUUCGGCACUGGAGAAGCUCCACGAGCUGUGGGAUCAAGGAUACAGUGCCGUGGACAUUGUCGUCACCCUCUUCAGAGUUGCUAAGACUUUUGACGAAUUGCCCGAGUACACCAAGUUAGAGUAUAUCAAGGAGAUUGGCUUCACACAUAUGAGAGUUCUGGAGGGUGUUGGUACCCUUAUGCAACUGGCUGGACUUGUUGCUAGGCUAUGUAAAUUGCACAUGAAGCCGGAGUUAUUCAAGCUUUGAUCUGUAUAAUAUAGUUCAUCCCGUAAUGUAUUUUCGUCCUAGUCUUCCGUUCUUAUCCCCGAGAAUACCG